AUGAAAAUCACAGUAAAGACACUACAGCAGAAGGUCUUUCAGAUCGAUGCGGAAGGCGCAGAGACGGUGGCGGACCUAAAGAAGAAGAUUCAGGAAGUGCAGGGCCACACAGUGGAGAGCCAAAAACUCAUCUACUCUGGCAAAGUUCUCCCGGAUUCUAAGACUGUGGAAUCAUGCGCCAUCAAGGAGAAGGAUUUCCUGGUACUCAUGGUGUCCAAGCCUAAGGCUGCACCUGCCACUGCUGCGUCCUCAAGUACCCCCGUCCCUGCCGCUCCUGCCGCCGAGACACCCGUUGUCACCCCCGCUGCCGCGCCUGAGCCGCCAAAUGCCCCCAUCCUAACGCCCGCCCAGGCUGCCCCGGUCGCUGCUGAGGCCGAGCAGCGCGCUUUCGGCGACACAACUUCCUUCCUCACCGGCGACGCAUUGCAGUCAACAAUUCAGAACAUGAUGGAGAUGGGUUUCGAGAGGGAACAGGUCAUGCGUGCGCUCCGUGCUUCCUUCAACAACCCCGACCGUGCGGUCGAAUACCUGUUCAACGGUAUCCCCGCGCACCUUGACCAGCCCGUCGCUCCCCCCGCUGCUCCUGCACCGGAUGCUGCUGCUGCCCUUGCUGCCCCAACCGCAGAGGCUGCUGCUGCUGCGCCCGCACAACCGGCACCUGCUCAGGCCGCCGCGCCGCAGAACCUCUUCCAGCUCGCACAGCAGCAGCAACAACACACCCCCGCGGGUGGGCUCGGUGGGCUCGGUGCGGGUGCAGUCGCAGGCGCGGGCGCGGGCGCAGGCGCAGGUGGCGCAACCCUCGCCGCGCUCGCCAACCACCCGCAGAUCCAGCACCUGCGCGAGAUCAUGAUGCAGAACCCGGCGCUCGUCCAGCCCGUCAUCCAGGAGAUUGUCGCACAGAACCCAGGUCUCGGGCAGCUCUUUGCCCAGAAUCCGGAGGCGCUCGCGCAGAUCCUCGGCGCAGACGCGCUUGGGGAGGACGACGAGGGCGGCCCUAUUCCGCCAGGCGCGCAGGUCAUUCACGUCACAGAGGAGGAGCGGGCCGCGAUUGAGCGGUUGGAGGCGCUCGGCUUCCCUAGGGAAGCUGUCGUCGAGGCGUACUUCGCGUGCGACAAGAACGAAGAGCUCGCCGCAAACUACCUCUUCGACAGCGCGUUCGAUGACUCAUAG